UAUGUUUUCUCUGGUUGGUGCCAGUAGCGCAUGUGGUUAUGAGGCAAACUAUGCACUCAAUUUAAGGUCUUUUAGUCUAGAAGUUUUUGCAUUGUUGAUAGAUAGGUGCAUCAGGUAUAAUGUUGCGGAUGAGGUUUAGUGUCAUUCUCUUGCUCCUUCUAUUGGCAGUCAGGUGUGUUACACAGGAAGUAACCCCAAACAAAGACUGUGUUUGUGGACAUCCUGGUAUACCUGGGGACCCCGGACACAAUGGCACACCUGGCAGAGAUGGCCGAGAUGGACUCAGAGGUGAAAAAGGUGAUCAAGGUCAAGUUGGCCCCGUUGGAGCAGCUGGCAAUGAUGGCCACAAAGGAGACAAAGGGGAACCUGGCACAGUUGGUCCAGUGGGGCUCAAAGGAAAAAGGGGAGAAAAUGGCGAACGGGGGCCUCCUGGGAAAAUGGGGCCCCAAGGAGUCCAAGGGCCCAUUGGACUCAAAGGAAGUAAGGGAGAGCUUGGGCUGCCUGGACCCCAAGGACCUAAAGGGGAUUUGGGGCCUCUUGGACCACAGGGUCCCAAGGGAGAAGUUGGCCUUAGAGGUGACAGAGGCAUUCAGGGGCCACUGGGACCCCCUGGCAGGCCAGGGCCCAAGGGGGAAAUUGGUGUUCCAGGUCACAAAGGCAAUAUUGGUUAUCGUGGGGAGAGAGGGUCUCGAGGAGAGAAAGGUGACAAAGGUGAGAAGGGAGAAGAACUUGUUAUCUCUAAAAGCGCCUUCUCAGUGGGACUCACAGCACAAAGUAAACUCCCUACACCUAAUGCUCCGAUCCGGUUUGACAAGAUCAUUUACAAUGUGCAGAAUCACUACGAUCCACAGACAGGAAGAUUCACAUGCUCCGCAGCGGGAGCAUAUUUCUUCACCUACCACAUCACGGUCUUCUCCCGGAACGUGAAGGUUGCUCUGAUGAAGAAUGGUGCAAAGAUCAUUCACACCACGGAUAACUACCAGAGCAGCGAGGAUCAGGCAGCAGGGGGCGCUGUGCUGAACCUGGAUGUGGGAGACAAGGUGUGGCUGCAGGUGACUGGGGGAGAGCUGUACAAUGGGCUCUUUGCUGAUGAAGAUGAUGACACGACCUUCUCUGGGUUCUUAAUCUUUGGGGCUUAGAUGAGGCAAACUUUCUUUAUAAUUGAUGUUGAAUAUUUCUAAAGAAUAGAAAUGAGUCAUAAGAAAUCAGCCUGUCUCUAAACUUUGGUUGACUAUAUGAUGCUAUGUACAGUGUACCUAAGUACAUUUACUCACCUACUGUACUAAGAACAAAUUUGAGGUACUUGUACCUUAAUUAAGUAUUUCAAUUUUAUUCUACUUAAAUACUUAUACUCAAAUCAUACUUUUCACGCCACUGCAUUUAUUUGACUACUGAGGUGUCUCCUUCAAGCUCAUCUCCUCUACCAGAGGCCUUGGAGUCUGACGGUUCUGCACCUGAUGAAACUAUGGGCAAAACACGUUUGUAACAUCUCAAAUGAAGACUUAAGGAAGAAGCAAUUCAGCCAUCUUGUGAGUGGUGUAUUGGCUUAUUUGCUGGAGGACUGACACACACACACACACACACACACACACACACACACACACACACACACACAUACAUAUAUAUAUAUAUAUAUACACACACACCUAUAACACAA